GCUCCCAACCUUAAAACACAAGUAAUGCAGCUUUAGUGUCUGCAUGCAGACAAAUGUGAGGCACACGGAGGAGAAACACAACCCUAACAGCUGAGUUUAACUCGCUUCGUGCGACGUUACGCAGGAACGUGCCACAGACGCGUGCACGUGACUUCUCUUCCGCCUGUUGCAAUACAUGCUCAUUGUUUUUUAUCAACCUGCAGCUGAUCGCGGACCUGAGCCAACAUGGAGAUUUCAUUUACAGGCAAACGAGCUGUGGUCACCGGAGCAGGAAAAGGGAUUGGAAGGGCCACGGCUCUGGCUCUGGCACGCUGCGGAGCAAAGGUCAUGGCGGUCACACGCACGCAGGCCGACCUCGACAGCCUGGUGCAGGAGUGUGCCUCCAUCAUCCCGGUGUGUGUGGACCUGGCAGACUGGGAGGCCACCGAGUCGGCCCUGCAGGGCGUCGGUCCCAUCGAUCUGCUGGUGAAUAACGCUGCCUGUGCCAACCUGCAGCCGUUUCUGGAGGUGACACCCGACCAGUUUGACCAGUCAUUCAACGUGAAUGUGAAAGCUGUGCUGCACGUCUCCCAGAUAGUGGCUCGUGGUAUGAAGGCCAGAGGAUCGGGAGGCUCCAUUGUCAACGUGUCCAGCCAGGCCUCCCAGUGUGCCCUCAGAGACCAUGCUGUCUACUGUGCCACUAAAGGAGCCCUGGAAAUGCUGACUAAAGUGAUGGCUCUGGAGCUGGGAUCCCACCAGAUCCGUGUGAACAGCGUGAACCCCACAGUGGUGAUGACAGAGAUGGGUCGCCUGGGCUGGAGCGACCCAGAAAAAGCCAAGACCAUGACGUCCCGCAUCCCCCUCGGCCGCUUUGCAGAGGUGGAGGAUGUGGUGAACAGUAUUUUGUUCCUGCUGAGUGAUAAAAGCAACAUGACGAAUGGAGUCGCUCUGCCGGUGGACGGAGGCUUCCUGGCCUGCUGACCAACAUGAGGCGCCCAUCUUCUUAUCACCUCACAGCAUUAUACAAACAGAGGUCAAUUUUAUUUCAGUAAUUAAACUCAGCCAUUGCACAACCAGCCUCUAACUUUCCUUUAUUUGUCCUUAUUU